GGCGUGGCUUGGCCAAGCGGCGCGGCCCGGGCGUUGCGCGGCGGCGGCGCCGGGCCCGGCCCUGCCCCGGUUCUAAGCCGGUUCUAAGCCGGUUCUGCCCCGGUUCGGCCCCGGUGGAGCCUCCGGGAGCCCGGCAGGUGUGGCCAUGGCGGGCGCGGCGCCCCCCGCAGGCGCCCCCGAGCACCCCUUCACCUGCCGGGAAUGCGGCAAAUCCUUCCGCUGGUCCUCGCGCCUGGCGCAUCACCUGCGCAGCCACACAGGUGAGCGCCCCUACAAAUGCCCCGAGUGCCCCAAAGCCUUCAAGGGCUCCUCCGCCCUCCUCUACCACCUGCGGGGCCACACAGGUGAGCGGCCCUACACCUGCUCCACCUGCGGCAAGAGCUUCAAGCGCUCCUCGCUGCUGCAGACUCACCUGCGCGUGCACACGGGGCUGCGCGCCUUCAGGUGCGCCCAGUGCGGCCUCACCUUCAAGUGGGCGUCGCAUUACCAGUACCACCUGCGGCAGCACUCAGGUGAGCGGCCCUACCGCUGCCCCACCUGCCCCAAGGCCUUCAAGAACUCGUCCAGCCUGCGGCGGCACCGCCACACCCACACGGGCGAGCGGCCGCACACCUGCGGCACCUGCGGGAAGGGCUUCGCGCAGGCGGCCAACCUGCGGCAGCACCUGCGGGUGCACACGGGGGAGCGGCCCUACACCUGCGGCACCUGCGGCAAGAGCUUCACGCACUCCUCCAACCUGCACCUGCACCGGCGCACGCACGGCCCCGCCCCGCAGUGCCCCGCCUGCGCCGCGCCCUCGCGCACCUGCCCGCGGCGGCACCUGCGGGACCCCGACCCCGCCGCCGCCGCCGCCGCCGCCGCCGCCUCACCUGAGCCGCUCUGGAGGCCGCUGGGGGUCACCUGCGCCGAGCAGGAGGAGCCGGCGGCCCCGCCCCAGCGCUGCCUCACCUGCGGCAAGAGCUUCAAGAACGGCUCGGGGCUGGCGCGGCACCUGCCCGGCCACGAGCGGCUCAGGUGCGCGGCCGCCGCCCCCAGAGCCGCGCCCCUGCCAGGUGAGGCGGCCGCCGCCGCCGCGGCGCCGCCCGAGCGGCCGUACAGGUGCGGCGAGUGCGGCAAAGCCUUCAAGGGCUCCUCGGGGCUGCGCUACCACCUGCGCGACCACACAGGUGAGCGGCCCUACACCUGCGCCACCUGCGGCAAGAGCUUCAAGCGCUCCUCGCUGCUGCAGACUCACCUGCGCGUGCACACGGGGCUGCGCGCCUUCAGGUGCGCCCAGUGCGGCCUCACCUUCAAGUGGGCGUCGCAUUACCAGUACCACCUGCGGCAGCACUCAGGUGAGCGGCCCUACCGCUGCCCCACCUGCCCCAAGGCCUUCAAGAACUCGUCCAGCCUGCGGCGGCACCGCCACACCCACACGGGCGAGCGGCCGCACACCUGCGGCACCUGCGGGAAGGGCUUCGCGCAGGCGGCCAACCUGCGGCAGCACCUGCGGGUGCACACGGGGGAGCGGCCCUACACCUGCGGCACCUGCGGCAAGAGCUUCACGCACUCCUCCAACCUGCACCUGCACCGGCGCACGCACUCGGCGGCGCGGCCCUUCCGCUGCCCCGCCUGCCCCAAGGCUUUCGCCGUGGCCGCUUACCUGCGGCGGCACCUGCGCACGCACGGCCGCGCACCCGCGGCCGAGGCCGACGCCUCACCUGCGCCGGCCGCCGCGUACCUGGUGCUGCCGGCGCCGCAGGGGCUGCGGAUCCUGCCCGGGGGCCCCGCGCAGCGCAAGGUGCUGCUGCUGGCCGGCCCCGCCCCCGCGCACCUGGCGCAGGUGGGGAGGGGAGGGCGCGGCUGGCAGAGCGUGCUGGUGCUGCCCGGGGGAGGGAGGGAGGGGACGGGGACAGGGGUGCGGCUGCAGGUGGCGGAGGUGACAGCGGUGACGGGGGUGGCAGCGGUGACAGGGGUGACAGGGGUGACAGGGGUGACAGGGGUGACAGGUGUGACAGGGGUGACAGGGGUGACAGGUGUGACAGGGGUGACAGGUGUGUCAGGGGUCACAGGUGUGUCAGGGGUGACAGGUGUGACAGGGGUGUCAGGGGUGACAGGUGUAGGUGUGACAGGUGUGUCAGGGGUGACAGGUGUAGGUGUGACAGGUGUGUCAGGUGUCACAGGUGUCACAGGUGUCACAGGUGUCACCGGUGUCUCAGGUGUGUCAGGUGUCUCAGGUGUCACAGGUGUCACCGGUGUCUCAGGUGUCACAGGUGUCACAGGUGUCACAGGUGUCACCGGUGUCUCAGGUGUCUCAGGUGUCACAGGGCUACAGCUGCAGGUGCUGCCAGUGCCCUCGGACAUCACCAAUGUCCAGCUCCAGGUGUUGCCAGCACCACCUGAGGUCCCCAAUGUCCAUCUCCAGGCCACCGAGGUCCCCAACGUCCAUCUCCAGGCCACCAAGGUCCCCAACGUCCAUCUCCAGGCCACCAAGGUCCCCAGUGUCCAUCUCCAGGCCACCGAGGUCCCCAACGUCCAUCUCCAGGCCACCGAGGUCCCCAACGUCCAUCUCCAGGCCCUGCCACUCACCUCAGGUGUCACCAAUGUCCAGCUCCAGGUGUUGCCACCACCUUCAGGUGGCACCAGUGUCCAGCUCCAGGCCACCGAGGUGACCAACGUCCAUCUCCAGGCCACCGAGGUGACCAAUGUCCAGCUCCAGGUGCUGCCACCACCACCUGAGGUGACCGGUGUCCACCUCCAGGCCACCGAGAUGACCAGCAUCCACCUGGAGCCCGUGGAGGAGGUGCCCAGUGUCCACCUGGAGACCGUGGAGGAGGUGCCCAGUGUCCACCUGGAGCCCGUGGAGGAGGUGCCCAGUGUCCACCUGGAGCCCGUGGAGGUGGCCGAUGUCCACCUGGAGAAAUCAGAGCUGCCCAGCGUCCACCUGGAGACCAUGGAGGAGGUUCCCAGCGCCCACCUGGAGAUGUCAGAGGUCCCCUCGGACCACCUGGAGGUGACCAAUGUCCACCUGGAGACCUCAGAGGUCCCCUCUGACCACCUGGAGGUGUCCAGCACCCACCUGGACACCUUGGAGAUGACCGAUGUCCACCUGGAGGUGCCCGGUGCCCACCUGGAGCCCUGUGAGGUGACCGAUGUCCACCUGGAGGUGCCCGGUCUGCACCUGGACACAUCAAAGGUGCCCGGUGGCCACCUGGAGCCCACAGAGGUGCACCUGGACCCGCCCUAGGAGGUGCCCAGGGUCCACCUGGACACACCUUGGAGAUGACCAGAGUCCACCUGGAGGUGUCCAGGGCCCACCUGGACA